AUGGAAAAUGCCUUUAAAGAUAAUUCGUUAAGUUGCACGUCUGAUAAAGAGAUUAUCGAAAGCCUCCUGGAGAAAUAUAAAUCACACAAAACACCGUCUGAAACUGGAGUCACCGUAUGGAUUGAAGUAUGGGUGCAAGAAGUUAAUUCUGUCAACGAAAUUACAUCAGAUUUUGAUAUGGAUAUUUAUGUUACUGAAUUAUGGAUAGAUAAAGCUUUGCGAUACGAAGAUAUGAAUCCUUGUAAAUAUAACUUAUCGCUUAACAAUGAGGUGCUUGAGCAAAUUUGGAAGCCGAAUACAGUUUUUAUUAAUAGUAAAUCAGCUACGAUUCAUAAAUCUCCAUUUUCAAAUGUUUUCCUUAUGAUUUAUCCGAAUGGUACGGUUUGGGUUAAAGGUCCUUGCAUUAUGGAUUUCACUUCAUUUCCAAUGGAUGAACAAAUGUGUCUGCUAACCCUCGAAAGCUUUAAUUAUAAUAUACAGGAAGUCGAUAUGAGAUGGACAAAUGCAACAGCACCAUUAACUCUUAUGAAACAGAUUGUCUUGCCAGAUUUUAUUUUAGCGAAAUAUGACACGAUUCUUAAACAAGAGGCUUAUAUUCCAACCUAUUUAACCAUUUUCAUAAGCUGGAUUAGCUUUUGUUUGGGGUCAAAAAUGAUUCCAGCUCGAACUAUGCUUGGUGUAAAUUCGUUAUUAGCAUUAACCUUUCAAUUUGGUAAUAUAAUGAGGAAUCUGCCUCGUGUCAGCUAUAUUAAAGCAUUAGAUGUAUGGAUGCUAUCGUGCCUUUCUUUCGUUUUUUGCUCACUUCUCGAAUUAGCUAUAAUCGGUUGUUUAGGUGCCAAAACCGAGGCUGAUUUAGCUAAGGCAGCUAUUAAUAUGAAAAUACAUGAAAAAAGAUCGCCAACAUUAUCGAUGCGACAAUCGCCAAGGCUUUGUAGGCAUGAUCUACAAGAAUCGCCACACGGCCUCAGCUCAAAUUCACAAACUGAUCCUCGAAUGAGAAGGAAAACAUUUUUAGUUUCACCAAGUAAGAGGUCGCUGAGUGCAAGUAACAACAGAUCAAGCAUGUGCAAUCAACAGGAACAUAUUUACUUGCUCGAUAGCGAUAAUGGAAAUUUAAAUGCUACAUCUCAUAAAAAUAAUAUAUACAAAAUUCAUGCGAGAUUUAGGCAGUGUAAACAACCGUGGACAACUGAUAAGAUCGACAAGCUUUCAAUUUUACUUUUUCCUACUCUUUUCACAUUGUUCAAUAUUGCUUAUUGGGGUUACUAUUUAUCAUGA